UACUGUUUGUGUUUUGACUUUCAAUUCCAAAUUGUAUAGGUUUCCAAAUUUUCAAAAAAUACAAAAAAAAUAGAAAAAAAUUCAAAAAGAAGCGAAGACAUGGCGUGGUGCUUCCGCGACAUUCGGCGCCACAUGUGCAUGCUGAUGCGUCAGAACUUCGCCAAAAGUUGCGAGAAGAAGCUAAACGACCAGAUCAACAUGGAGUUGAAGGCAUCCCACCAGUAUCUGGCCAUGGCCUACCAUUUCGAUCGCUCCGAUAUCAGUUCGCCCGGAAUGCACCGAUUCUUCCUGAAGGCGAGCGCCGAGGAGCGGGAGCACGCGGAGAAGAUCAUGACGUACAUGAACAAGCGGGGUGGUCUUAUCAUUUUGAGCAGUGUACCACAGCCGCUGCCCUGUUUCGCCAACAGCUUGGAUGCACUGAAGCACGCAAUGAAAAUGGAACUGGAGGUCAAUAAGCAUCUGCUCGACUUGCACGCCCUGGCUGGCAAGGAAGCGGAUCCGAAUCUCUGCGAUUUCAUCGAGGCCAACUUCCUGCAGGAGCAAGUGGAUGGCCAGAAGAUCCUCGCCGACUAUAUCAGCCAAUUGGAGAAGGCGCAAAGCCAGGUGGGCGAAUUCCUGUUCGACAAGUAUAUGGGCAGCGGCAUGCAUCCUGCGAAAUGAAUUCACCAAAAUGGACCACCAUCUGAUGAGGAAUACGUAUUAUAAUUGGCAGACCCAUGUGUGUGUUCAGUAAAGAUUCGUUUUUUGGCCGAUCA